GAGUCAGCGGCCUAUCAGGAGCAGGAAGGUAAACGUGUAAGGCCAGGCAGGAGCCUAAGCUGUUAGGCAGGUUGCCGGGGAGCUGGGAUCCAACAGUCAAGGUCCAUGCGGGGGUUGCGACAUUGCAUCGCCCUCCAGCAGGACAGUCUGCGAGGCUGUCGGAGAAGCCGCACCUGCAGGUGGACCAAGCCCGGUGCAGGAUGAGGCUCUGGCUGCUGGCGGGUUUAGCAGCUGCGCUCACCCUUGUGGCGGUGGCCGGGGCCGACCUGGGGGACUUGACGGAGGUGGAAGAUGUGGUAGGAGAGAAAGAGGAUCGGCUGCGAGUCAGGAGGGAGGACAAGAAACCCAGGCCACCCCCUUCCCAACCCUGUCCUGGCUGCUAUUCUCUUCUGAGCAAGCCAGGUAAACCAGCGAGAGCCAGGAGACAAGUGGAGAAGCAGCAGCAACCCAAACGCAGACCUACCUGGAGACCAGGCUCCCUGAGUCUCCUAAGACCUGCCAAGCCGGAGGUCCAGGAUUCAGAAGUGAGAACCAGGAGGGAAGUUGAGAGAGAUCCGCAGCUGCGACCUGGACCCAGAUCGAAUUCACCAGGGCACUCACUUUACAACUACGGCUAUAUGACUGUUCUUUCUUCCCCUGCCAACAUCAGCCUCCAGGGGCCUGCACCACACGGGCGAGGCAGGAGGGCGGCUGAAGGAACUGAGCCGCGCACACUAAAACCCAAGCGACCCAGGCUGCCCUGCUCGGGCUGCUACAGCCCUCUAGUGUCCCCCAAGGACAACCACCAGCAAGAGAGAGUUAAGAGGGAAGGCCAGAAACCACAGCAAGACAGACCCGCAAGGAAGCCCACUUGGAGACCCGGCUCUGGGUCCAUCAUAGGCUGGAGCCCCCCUGAGGAAGUCAAAGACAAACUCCCCGCCCCCAAGCUCCCCUGUCCUGGCUGCCACGGAUCUGUAGCCACUGGCCAGGAGGGGCGCUCUGCUGAGGGGAUCCUGAGCCCCAGGACCAGGAGAGAAGACGAAAGGCCCACGGUGGCGAAGCGCCAAGCCAAGCAGAGAGCAAGAGACAGACUGUACUGUGCUGGCUGCUAUUCCGGCCUCACGCUGCGGAGCCAGACGCCCCCCUUGAGAGAGGCGGCGGAUGGAGGAUCAAGCGGAGAUUAGCUACUGCACCCACCUGAGGCAGACUCCUUCCAGGCCUCACCUCCCUUGUGUAGCUAGGCAGCAGCCCCUCCCCUCCACGCCCCUGAGAUCAGUUACACGGAAUCUGGAUCCCAACCCCUCUUCUUCCCCCCCCAGCCAGUACAAACGCCCCCCGCUUCUCCUGCUGUAGGGCUGGGAUGGAUCCAAGGCCCCUUUCUCUGCAUCCUGCAAACCCACAACCCCACCCGCCCCUGCCUUGUUCCCUGUAACAGCACAGACAAGGGGAGCGUGGCCGCCCGGGGACCAGAACGGCCUGUCCUGUGGUGCCCUCCGGCCUCCCAAGGUGCUGUGCAGAGGCAGAUAGAUAGAAAUGAAAUUAAAGCUCCGUGUAAAGGGCUGAACUCACGGGGGUGUACGUGAGUCCAGCUCUGCUGCGCUGAGU